GCCGACGUUUCAUUGGAAGAGAAAGUAGAAGAUAAUUUAGUGCAGAGUUUUAUUUUUCAAGUCUCCUCGUUAGAAGGAAAUCACUACUCUUUGACCAUGGCGUCUUUCAACAAAGGCCCUGCAUACGGAUUAUCUGCUGAAGUUAGAAACAAGAUUGCACAGAAGUAUGAUCUUCAGAAAGAAGAGGAGCUGAGGAUCUGGAUUGAAGACCAAACCGGCGCCUCCAUCGGCCCUGACUUUCAGAAAGGCCUGAAGGAUGGAGUUAUUCUGUGCGAACUUGUCAACAAACUAAAUCCAGGCUCGGUGAGAAAGGUCAAUAAGUCAUCGCUGAACUGGCAUCAGCUGGAAAACCUGACAAACUUCAUUAAAGCCAUCACAACUUAUGGCCUGAAGCCACACGAUAUCUUCGAGGCUAAUGACCUGUUUGAGAGCGGAAACAUGACACAGGUCCAGACAACGCUGCUCGCACUUGCAGGCAUGGCCAAGACUAAAGGCUGCAACUCCAGGGUGGACAUUGGCGUGAAGUACGCCGACAAGCAAGAGAGGUCAUUUGAUGAGGAGAAGAUGAAGGCUGGACAGUGUGUCAUUGGCUUGCAGAUGGGGACCAACAAGUGUGCCAGUCAGGCAGGUAUGAAUGCAUAUGGUACCAGGAGGCAUUUAUAUGACCCAAAGGCUCUCAUCCAGUCCCCCAUGGACAACACAACAAUCAGUCUGCAAAUGGGUACCAACAAGGGGGCAAGCCAGGCUGGGAUGACGGCUCCAGGUACACGGCGUGCCAUUUACAACCAGAAGCUGGAGACAAACAGCUGUGACAACAGCACCAUGUCCCUGCAGAUGGGCUACAACCAGGGAGCCAACCAGAGUGGGCAGAACUUCGGUUUGGGGCGACAGAUCUAUGAUGCCAAGUACUGUCCCCAAGCUGGAGAGAAUGGAGAUGAAAAUGGGGCGAGGGGCGUCCGCGACUACAUCCCAGAUUUCCAAGACGAGGGUUACCAGGGUUACCAAGAAGAAGAGCAGGUGUACCAAGAAGAAGGGACAGAUUAUUGAGAUGAGGGACAGGGAGCUGAGGAAGGGUAAAAGAUUGUCAAGGAGGCAUGCUCUCCAAGAAAACCUCAAGGCAGGUGGAUUAUUUUUAUAUCCAUAGGAUGUUGCACCUUUUGGGGGUCAUAUCCUUUUUAGUAUUGUAUGAAAAUGUUUUCUCGGUCCAAUUUGUGCAAGACCAUUGUCACACAUAUCAUGAUGAAAUUCUUCGUUGCUAUAUUUAAAGUGACCACAAAAGCCAGUCAUUUUGGCUUUGCUUGUUGUCCAUCACAGGCAAUUUUUUUUUUUGUUAAUGUGCCAAAACUGUGCAAAACACCCACUAGUCCCCUUUUCAAUGUUUUUUUUUUUCCAUUAGUUAUAUUAAGGGAGAUCCUGUAAGGGCAAUAUUAAAUUAAGUGGGUUUUUUCCUCAUUAUUGCCAGGAAACAUACAUGUGUCAGUAUAGUAUCAGUCUGUACAGUCUCAUCAUCUCUGUAAACAUCAAUUUACUUGUGUACCUUCCUGUAAAUGAGAAUACACAUUUGUUUGUGUUUUUUACUUCUCUGUCCUCUUCAUCCUUUCAGUAUUGGUCAUUGACCUGUGUAGUAGUAAUAUUUUAGUAAUCCAAAUAGACAUGAGGGAUUUUUUUUCUUACAAGAAACCAGUUUAUUCCAUCUUUUCUCUCAUUUAAUUUCCCCCUUUUCUUUAAUAGAAGAAAUAUUUCCUGUGUUUGCAUAGGCAACCGGGCUGGAGUUGAGCCUGUUUUCUUUGGAUGACAGACAGUGUAGAGGGGAAGUAGAUUGAAUAAUGCACAAGUGAAGUUUUGAACAUUCCAAGCAAGAAUGUUUUUAGUGAAUCAUUGUUAAAUAUUGGUUGAUAUGCAAACCAAUCAGUCAUGAUAAUAUUUGAUUAUUAUUUAUGCUUAUUUGUGUUUUUUUUUCCUUUUUAUGGUGCUGUUUUGUACCUUUUUACUCUGAAUAACAUUUUGUAUUAGACUGUGCUUUUUUUUCUCUGGAAUAAUUUCUAUGCCAAUGGAAAAAAGUUUUAAUUGAGAACUAUGUUUUUGUGAAUACAAUGUAAUAAACGAUGGAUAUCCAUUA